UUGAGCUGCACAUCCACUAUAGCGGCAUCUCAUACGAGCUCAGAGAAAAAUUACUGAGACCGACAGACACAUAACGGGAUUUGUACGUUACCUGAAUAUUCAGAGAAUUUGCAUUCGGAGGUACCGGAGACAUCUGAGGAGACGACACUCAGGGUCUGCGCAGCGGACCAAACCUCACACAGCAUCACCAUGAGAUUCUUCCAUCCGCUGUAUCUCCUUCUGCUGCUGCUGACAGUCCUGUUCAUCACCAGCGCCGAAAAACAAGAUUUUCUCAACCUGAGGCGGAAAUAUCGCAGACAGAACUGUCCAAAGAAACGCUGUCUACCUCUUCACUCCAGAGUGCCAUUCCCUUGAGGUUUCACAACUACGUAGCUAUCCUUAUGAUGCCUGCAGAAAACCAAAGAGCGGCGAUGGAUGGGAAAUGAGAGAAGGGUUUCGUAUCAGACUCACUGAGGACUGUUCAUUUGCCCAUACACUGUAACCAAGCCAAGCUUCUGUAAAGGAAGUGUAUUGUUUUAUGAAUGUUAGUGAACAAGCCAUGGGGACAUCCACUGCAACCAAAUGUGCUGAAAACUCAUCGCACAAUCAGUUUGAGUUUGCCAGAAUCAUUGUAAAUAGUAAGAACUGAAUGAAAUGUGUUUAUAUGUAAGUUAUGCACUUCAAAUGUUUUAUUAUUAUCCUGAUUAAAUAAAAAGUGUAUUGUCUUUUCA